CGCCUCGACGGGGACCGCAGCCGGGAAGGUGCUCCCAGAAGAUGCUCUGUCCUGCUGAACGCGCCAGCCCUAUCCACCACCUGCGGCCCUGGGCCGGCAGCAAUUCGGCUGUCCCCAGGUGAAGGCUUUGCUUUCUCCAGCUCACCAUCCCCGAGGUCUCCAGCCCAGCGGCACGGUGGGACCAUGGAGGCAUCCGUCCCUGCGGGAGGCAUCACCGUGGCUCUCCUCUGCUGCUGCCUCCUGAGCUCUGUAUGGGCUCUGGUUGACCCCGAUGAUGUUCUCACAAAAGAAGAGCAGAUCUAUCUCCUGGUGGAAGCGAAGGAGAAAUGUCAGAGAGACAUAAAAGCCCACGUGGAGAAGACCAAAGACACCAGCUGCCUUCCAGAGUGGGACGGGAUCAUCUGCUGGCCAAAGGGCUCCCCCAGCCACGAGGUGUCGGUGCCCUGCCCCGACUACAUCUACGACUUCAACCAUAAAGGUCACGCCUACAGGUACUGCAGCGCCGACGGGACUUGGGCCGUGGCUCUCAGCAUCAACAAGACCUGGGCCAAUUACACUGAAUGUGCUCUGCUCUUCUCCUCCGAGAGCCGGAGCCGCGAAAAGGAGGUGUUUGACCGCCUGCACCUGAUGUACACCAUCGGCUACUCCAUCUCCCUGGCCUCCCUCAUCGUCGCUGUCUGCAUCCUCUCGUACUUCAAGCGCCUGCACUGCACACGCAACUACAUCCACGUCCACCUCUUCACCUCCUUCAUCUGCCGGGCGGUGAGCAUCUUUGUGAAGGACAUGGUGCUCUACUCGGGCACACUGGCCAGUGAGACGGAGAAGAUGCGGGAGGAAGACUUCAAGGCAGAAAUGGGUCCCUCGCCAGGACAACGGAGCCACCUGGUUGGCUGCAAGGUGGCGGUGACUCUCUUCCUUUAUUUUCUGGCCACCAACCACUACUGGAUCCUGGUGGAGGGUCUCUACCUGCACAGCCUGAUCUUCAUGGCCUUCCUCUCCAACAAGAACUACCUGUGGGUCCUCAUCAUCAUCGGCUGGGGUCUCCCCGCUGUGUUUGUGUCUGUCUGGGCCAGCAUCAGGGCCUCCCUGGCCGAUACACAGUGCUGGGACCUCAGCGCGGGGAACAUGAAGUGGAUUUAUCAGGUCCCCAUCUUGGCCUCCAUCGUGGUGAACUUCUUCCUCUUCCUCAACAUCGUCCGGGUGCUGGCCUCCAAGCUCUGGGAGACGAACACAGGGAAGCUGGACCCCCGGCAGCAGUACAGGCAACUGCUGAAGUCCACGCUGGUGCUGAUGCCGCUUUUCGGAGUCCAUUACGUGGUGUUCAUGGCCAUGCCCUACACCGAAGUCUCUGGGGUCCUGUGGCAGAUCCAGAUGCACUACGAGAUGCUCUUUAACUCGUCUCAGGGUUUCUUUGUGGCUUUUAUCUACUGCUUUUGCAAUGGGGAGGUGCAGGCGGAGAUUAAGAAAGCCCAUUUUCGGAGAAGCCUGGCGCUGGACUUCAAGCAGAAGGCGCGUGCCACCAGCGCAGCGGGGAGCUGCUGCUACGGCGGGCUGGCAUCCCACGCCACCAUGAGCUUCAGCACGAGCCUGGCGGGGCGAGGGGCAGGGGGCAUGCAGCAGCGGGGGCUGCUGCUCCUGGCCCGUGCCAGCCUGCCGGGCUACAUCCCCGGCUCCUUUGCCUCGGAUAACCUUUUGCCUUGUCUGACCCAGGAGAUGAACCAGAAAGCCUGUGGGGAAAACAUAGUGGAUGUAACAGACCUGAACCAGCGUCACCCCAACCUAAACAAAGAGCUGGAAACGAUGCUGUGAACAGUGUCUCUCCCAUCUGGACAUCCAGCUGUGCCUGGAAAGACGCUGAUCCCCACGCUUUGCGCUCCUUUUAUGCUUGCACGGAGAGGUGGGGUAGGGGAUAGCAGCCGGAACAACACAGUUCCCUUCCCCUCGCAGCCAGGGACGGCGUGCUCUCGCUGCUUCUACCUGCCUGGCCUAAAAACGAGCAGCCAGUUCAAAACCUCAUUUCCUUCCACGCGCAAGUGAUUGAUGUAAGUGAUGUCUGUGCAUGCAAAGCCUUGAAUCAUCACCAGGGACCAAUCCUCCAGGCCUCAGUCUUACCUCAACAGUCUGGAAGGUGACUUCAACUCCAGUGUGCAUAAAGCUGAUUCAAUGAGUCCAUAGUCUGACACCCUUUUUCACACCAAUUCCUGCAUUGUACAGCCCGGGGCAGGCAGAGUGGAUAGUGCCCACAGCACCAUUCUGCAGCUCACCCUGCCCUUACAUCCCUGCGCAGCUCACACAUACCGUGGGGCCCAACACGCAACGCUCAGCCGCAAA